UGUGGACGCCUGGACAAGGACCUUCUAUCUCUUGCGGAAACUUUCUCAUCUCACAAUGAAGCUGCUCCUGUGGACGUGUGUGGUGGCUGUUUGCCUGACAUUGAGCACCGUGAAAGGACAAGACGGCACACCCUGUACUGGCAUCUGUGACGUGGCGUGUGACAACUCGGCGACAUGCUUCGAUAUCCCGGGCGUCCUCGACUGCAAUAUGGUCUCCCAGGGCUGCGCGGCGUUCUGCAAACAGACGUGUGGGUGUUUCCAGACCUGUGUGUCUACCUGUGCAAGAGACAACGACCCCUGUGUCUUUGAACAAGGACAAACACCCAACACAUUCACGGACAUCCUGUGCUCUUACAGCGAGGCCAUCUGUGACGGGUUCUGCGUGAGUAACUGCCCCGGACAGGUGUUCUUCGACUUCCUCAAGGCCACUGUCGGACCUCUGGCUGCUUCCUAAAAAAGCAAGCAACCAACAACCAACUUACAAACAAGCAAUGACAAAACGGCCAAUCCGGUGGAAACACUCUAUGUCCUCGAUACUUUCCAUUUAGUUCUACCUCUACAUUAUUCAUCUAGCUGUCCCCGUGGUUUUAUGCACCCCGCAUAAUUUAGCAAAAUUUGAUCAUUUUUUGCAAAAUUUCUGAUAA